AUGAGCGAGACGGUUGUCAUCGAUAACGGAUCCGGAACGUGCAAGGCCGGAUUUGCUGGACAAAGCGGUCCGCGCGCGAUCGUGCCCACUGUCGUCGGACGGCGCUCCCUGUGCCCGAGGGAGUGGAUCGAACCGAGACAUCUCAUACUUGGAGAAAACGUAAAACGAUGUCCAAAUCUGCAACUCACCUACCCGAUCGAGCGCGGACUUGUGACGAACUGGAAUGACAUGGAGAAGAUCUGGUUUCAUACGUUUUACAGUCAAUUGCUCGUUCCUCCUGAAAACCACCCCAUCUUUCUCACCGAUUCGCCAUCAAAUCCUAAACAAAAUCGCGAAAAGAUGGCCGAAAUCAUGUUCGAGGCAUUUACCACUCCCGCACUGUCGAUCGCCAACCAGGCGGCACUCUGUCUUUACGCCUCGAAUCGCACGACAGGCGUCGUCCUUGACUCCGGCCACGGUGUGACCCACGCCUCUCCGGUUAUCGACGGACUGACGUUGCCGCACGCCACCAUGCGGCUAGACUUGGGUGGGAGCGAUUUGACGGAAUAUCUCGCUAAGAGUUUAAGGCAAGAAGGAUGGGAAUUAGCUAGCCCGACGGCAACGGACGUCGCCCGUCACAUUAAAGAGAACAUGACGUACGUAACUAUUGAUUUCAAGAAGGAAAUGGAAGUGGCGUCUACGACUCUUUCGGUAGAAAUGAGCUAUGAGCUACCCAACAAACAGGUGGUGACCAUCAGCGAGGACCGUUUCCUCUGUCCGGAGUCGUUGUUUCAACCACCUGUGAUUGAGCUUGCGUCGCGUGGAAUUCAGGAUGCGAUCUACGACUCCAUUAACGCUUGCGAAGAGAACAGAUGGCGUGAACUUUACCGAAACAUCGUGCUGUCUGGUGGUAAUACCAUGUUCCCGGGGAUUGAAGACAGACUGCAGAAGCAGAUUGCGUCGUUGCAGCCAAGUGUGCACCAGAUCAAUAUUAUUGCUCCGUCCGAGCGCAAGUACAGUGCUUGGAUUGGUGGAUCGAUAUUGGCUUCGCUUUCUUCGUUUCAGAAGAUGUGGAUCAUCAAAGAGGAGUAUGAUGAAUUUGGACCCUGUGCUGUUCAUAGAAAGUGCUUUUAAUUUUAGCUUACUGUAUGUGUCGUGUCUGUCCGGUGGAUAAAUUGCGAGAUUGAACAGAGCUCAAGUGUAGACAAUCUAACACAACAUCUAAUUUUGUGGAGUAUAUAUAGCA